CCGCUUGCCACAGAAAGUGCUGCUCCAAGAUGACCACCAAGUGCAGUAAAAAGUACGACCCGGAGCUGUCGUCCCGUCAGUUUGGGGUGGAGUUGUCCCGUCUGACCAGCGAGGAGCGCGCCGUUCCCCAGCUGGUGGAGAAACUCAUCAAUUACAUUGAGAUGCAUGGCCUCUACACGGAGGGAAUCUACAGGAAGUCGGGCUCCACCAAUAAGAUCAAAGAACUCCGACAAGGCCUGGACACAGGUCAGACAUUUGCAAUAUUCUGAACUGAUAUCCUUUUUUAUUUAUUACGUCUUUAAUACAUAAAAACAGUGUUUUCUAAAUAUUAUCAUAUUUGCAAAACGACGGAACAGUCAGCCAACCCAAA